AUGAACUGGGUUCAGGCUCGUCGUUUGGGCCUCCUCUCCGGUUUUGCUGUUGGAAUUCUUCUUCUUCUGCGAGGGUUCACACUCCAAAAUGGCUUCGUGGGAGGUGGACGGCAGUCCACGGAGCCUGGCAAGACGCAGUCCGGCACUGUUCUGCCACACACAGACACGUCAGCCGAGAGGAUCAUCUGUUCCUCCACGCCGCCCUACAACAUGGCGUUUUGUUUGGCCGACAAUGACACCCUCCAGACGCCGCCGCUGGCCGAAUUGCCCUGCCGAUGGGAAGAGGACUUGGUGGCCAAUGGGGCACACCGGUGUCUCUCCUUCGCCAGCCUUGCUCACGAUCAGUCCGGGCUGAAAUCGAGGACCGCGUUUCAGCUAUAUCCACAGGACUUGCCAGCACAGGAGGUGGUGAGGCGAGCUAGACGUGGACUGCCGAUUGGAGUAGUAAGUUGCCCCGUCGGGGAACAGAGUUCUGUCAUAUCUUUUUUUCUUGUUGAACAGAAAGAGCUAUUCUCGUUUAUACUGCUACUAGUUUGCAGGCCGAACGCUUGUGAUGGCUGCAGUCAGCGGCCUUGGUGCACGUAAUGGUCUAUCUGUCAAGGUAAUCUAUUAUGUCAAAAUUUCGGCUGUGAGGAAUGUAGCAGUACUUUAAGGAGUCUUUCGGGUGCCACUGGCUGCCACUGAGUUCUCAUCCGAGGCCCAAAAUAGUCGCCCAUGCCGGAAACAAAACAGGUCGAGAAGUGACUGAAGCAUAGGCCUCGGAUGAGAACUCAGUCAAUCGAUCUGGCGCCGGCAUACGGAGCCCUGCGCAGUCACCUCCAGUCUUGUGCCGUCGGUCGAUGAUUGGCUUACAUGCCCUAAAACUGCCGCUUGUUCUGUUGCUGCUACUAUCUCUGACGAUGAACUCCUGCGCCAAUUCGAAAGCUCAGGACAAUACACAAAGUGUUCCGGUGCUCGAUCCCUUUUCUUCUUCAUCAUCAUCUUCUUCUUCUUCUUCUUCUUCAUCUUCUUCUUCACGUCAUGGCAAAUGUUUGACUGUGAGGAACGCGGCAGUAAUUUGGGGAGUCACGUUGGUCUUUAGGUUACAUGUCAGUACUAGGCGCUACACUUACAGUAGAUGUGCUAACUCAUGAAAUGUCAACCAAUAUUUCGAAAUACGUCCUCGUUUCGAAAAGAUAAAUUAAGUAGUGUUGUGAAACCAGUCAUGAUGCAGCAUAAAUCUAUAAUGCUCCCGUUACCUCAGGGUGUCGGCUUUCGAAAGAACUUAUUGUCGGCUGCAUGCAAGAUCUAUACUCUGCAAAAAAUGACUUCGUAAGUAGUAUGCAAUUUUCUCAUUGAUUUUCGAUGUCCUUGAAAAUGCAAUUAUUUUUUAUAAAAACAUGCAUACAAAUAUUCAUUCUUUUACUUAUUCGGUAGAAAAUCACGUCUUCUUCCAAUUUCAUACUCAAAAGAAGAGUAUAAUUCGGUUUCAAAAAACUUUUUUAAUUCUCGAAUAAUUUUGAACCCGACCUGCUGUUACACUUGCAUUCAGGGUUUCAAAACUACAAGCUAUAUAUUUUCCGUGUACGGAAAACCAUGCAUUUAUCUACGGUGUUAAGAGGAGACCAUAUGAGGUUCAUAAAAGUAAGCAGUGGAUUCUAGCAAUAUAGUUAACUUUGCAAGCCAUAUUCGUAAAUGCAGAUACCUGACGUUUCGUGAACGGCCAUUUAACGGUACAAAAAAAUCUCACAAUUAGAAACUUUUUUUAAAACCAAAUAAUACUCUUCUUUUGAGUAUGAAAUUGAAAGAAGACGGGAUUUUCUACCGAAUAAGUAAAAGAAUGAAUAUUUUUAUGCACCUUUUCCAUGAAAUAUAAUCGAAUUUUAAAGGGCAUCGAAAAGCAAUGAGGAAAUUGCAUGCUACUUAAGUAGUCAUGUUUUGCAGAGUAAAGAUCUUGCAUGCAGCCGAAAAUAAGUUAUUUCGAAAGCCGACACGCUGAGGUAACUGGAUCAUUAUAGAUUUAUGCUGCAUGAUGAUUAGUUUUACAACACUACUUAAUUAGUCUUUUCGAAACGAGAACGUUUUUCGAAAUAUUGGUUGACAUUUCAUGAGUUAGCACAUCUACUGUAGGUUUUACGCUGCGUGUGUGUAUGUUGUGUCCUCAUACGGGACACGCAGUAGAGGCGAUGGACCAAACACGGGGGUUAGAUCGGAGUCCAGCAGGAGUUAUCGGGAAUGUGUAACGAGGCACCGGACUAAUUCACCUUUGAUAAUCUAGUUCAGUUUUGUUCUUACCGAAUUCCUUGUUUGGUUAGAUGGUAGUUGGUAGCCCUCCCGUUACCGAAAACUCCCAACUACCUGUCUUACGGAACCGGUGGUAAUAGGGGCUAUACGGGUUGGGCAAAUGAGUGGAGGCGUAAAUGGCGCUUGUAGAGUAUGCCUGGAAUUGACGCUCCUGGUAAAGUGGAAGCCUAAUUUAAAUAAGGUGAAAAAUGAAGGGAGGGUAUAGAAAUAAGCAUGGAUAAUUAGUACGGUAUGCGGAAUAAAUGCAUCCUUGCCCCAGAUUGGAAAGAAUAGCAAGUGAAGGCGAACAACUAAUAGGAAGAAGGCAGUGUGUCUUAAGGUCAUUUCGCAGUAUGUGCGAUAGUACUCUAACAGACAGAAUAGACAUGAGAACACGAGAGUCAAGCAGCGGCACGCAGGACGGCAUAACGCAAGCGGGGUAAGACUUUACUGCGAAAAAUAUGUUUGGGCGAAAGAGAAAAUCUGCAAAUAAUAGUGUAGUGUCACUGUGGCCACAUAUAGGAUUAAAUCUAUUGCAGUAGUUGUCUGCUAUACGUGAAUGGUGUGCUAUACAAUGUAAAGAGGAAUUAGCACUCUGUAUAUGAAGUUACACUUUGUUCUGCUUGCAGAGUCCAGUCUCUUAGAAGGCGAAGGAAAGCAGGACCGCAAUUGGAUAGGCCGACAGAUUAUUCGCGGAUCCUGGAAAUAAUCCAGUCGUCCUACCUAGUGCAGUAUCUCCAACAGAAAGGACUACUGACCUGUAGGGUCUUAUGUAGAUGCCGAAAAGUCAUGCCCUUACAAAUACUGCGGCAGCACACGGAUGGUUAUGCCUUCAGGUAACAUCUGGGUACUGUGGUAUGCAGCCUAGGAUAGUACCCCUAAAAUGAAUCAGAUACAGGUAACACAGUGCGCGCAUGCAAUUACAAGCAUCAUGAGAAGCAUGAUGAAUCAUAAUCCGCUUAGGAUAAAUCUUUCGUCCUUUACUAAAGAUUUCCGUGUGGGGGUGCAAUACAAUGAGUCUAUAUAGACAUUUUUGCAGCGCCUCGUCCUCGGGGCGGUUAGAGUGAAGAAGAAAGUCAUCCUGACAGGGCUUCUGCGCGAACACUCUCAGACGUAAUGAGAACGUAAUCACAGAACUUGAAAUCGAGCCAGUAAGUGCAAUUGUAGAAUCAGUGGGCAGGGCUACCAACUACCAUCCUACCGUCAUUUUACGUUAUCAAUAUCAGGAUUAUUCACUAACCGGUUUUGCUUACCGCUCUUGAUACUUAGAGCACGUGAGAUAUCAUCCGUUAGUCCGUGAGAACAUUCUCAUUUACGUCAUUGACGACUCCCGUCGUCAGCGUAGACGUUGUACUUUUCUAUAUCAUACUGAAUAACAUUUAACGUACUAUUUGUUUUUGAAUUUAUAUUCUAUUUACGUCUACUUUUCUCACGAAUUUUCUCGAUAUUGUGCCAUUUCUGUCUUGCUUACUAUGUCUCAUUCCAACCAACAACUUGAUGCCUCCGCCCAGUUCCUUCAUUCCGUGAAUUUUGCCUUGCCCGAAUUCUGGCAGCAUGUUCCGGAACUGUACUUCAUCCGCAUCGAACCAGCCUUUUAUUCUGCUAAUGUUACCAAGGAGCUGGCGAAACACCAAAACUUGUGGAGGUUCUCCCCCCUAGUGUUAUCCUCCAAGUUCAGUCCUUGUUGUCUCAUCCCCCUGUAGAUGCUCCCUAUUCCACGUUUAAGGCAGAAAUCCUUCGACUUAAUGCUGUGUCUGACCGAUAACGGUUUCACCAGUUGAUUAAGGCGGAAUCACUGAGUGACCAGAGGCCCUCAGAACUUCUAUGUCGAAUGUGUUCUCUCCUUGGAGACAUGCAGAUUGACGCGAAACUCGUCAAGGAGAUGUCUCCAGAGCGACUGCCUGCAGAUUUUCGGACGAUUUUGGCGUCUGGUUCUCAAGAUCUCACGGUUUCACGGCUGGCUGAAAUGGCGGAUCGAAUGAUAGAGGUACAGCGGUUCCAGCCGCCUUCCGUUGCCCAGACCUCCACAUCCUCGUCGACAGUGAAUGAGCAGUUAGUGAAGCAGAUGUCAGCCAUGGCGGAUGAGAUGGCUCCCCCUAAGCUACAGCUUGUCCGCCAAACUUCCAGUCGCUCCCCAGUCGUCGUCGUCGUUCUCGCUCGCGACUUCGGACUGACGGCAUUUGUUGGUAUCAGACCAGUUUCGGUGCAAAGGUCCGUCGCUGUUCCUCGUUCUGCUCUUUUAAGUCGAAACAGAAAAACCAGUCAGCCAGAGAAUAGACGCAACCGUUUUCUAGGGCUCUUCUGGGUCUGGUCGCACCUUCUAUGUUUGGGACAGUGUGACUCGCAGACGUUUCUUUGUGGACACUUGAGCACAAAACCGACUGUCGUUUCCUCAGCUCUGGUCUUCAUCUCCAAGCUGCUAACUGUUCCCCCAUUCCCACUUUUGGCAGUCUGUUCCUCACCCUAG